CUGGUCUUUAUGCAAUAAAUAGUGAAAAAAAUAUUGUACAAAAAAUUUGAAGUCUUUACUGUGAUAUGGGUUAAAACUGUAAUGAACAUGACUGUAUCCUUUUAUAUGGUAGUAUAUGUGUAUGUUAAAUAACUACUAGAUCGAUUGCAACAAUAAAUCAAUCACUUUGAACUUACUGAAAGCAAAAAUUAAGUGUUUUAGGUUGAAACCAACAAAAAAAUAUAUAUAUUUUUAACCUGAUAGUUAUUACUUUUGUUUGUUCUUACUGAUGUUGUAUGAUGUGAUGUAUUGUUGCAGUCGAUUCUGUAGGCAUUUUUACAUACACAUCAGCUGAUUUGCCUCAUUCUAUCUAGGACAAUUACCUGGACAGGGCCCAGUUACUCACCCGUCCUCGCACCAGAGUGACCCUACCCUCAGAGUUACGGCCCUUUCAUCCAUUACACAACAAAUAAAUUCUACAUGUCACUAAAUAAAAACAAAACUUUAUUGAAACCUAAAUAUAAUAAGGUGAAUUGCACAAGGUGAUUUUAAAACAGUGGGGGAGAUUUAUCAAAGGAUUUAGACUGGUUUUUCCUGUCUAAAUUUGUCGCACAGAAAGUUGCAGUCUAAAUAUGUGCGACUUUUCUGCGACUUUUGCUGUAGAGGAUUUUUAGAACAUGAUGCAUGCAAGUCUAUUUUAGACGGAAAUGCAUUGGAAAAUGCAUUGGUGCUGAAUUUAUCAAGUGCGACUUUUGUGCGACAAGUCUGCCCAAAAUACGCUGAAAUGUCAGACCAUGUUGGAGCAGGUCUAAAUGCAGUUUAAGCUGUAGACCCUGAAGUCUGAGCACAGAAUUUAUCAAGGGCUGUGAGACCUUUGAUAAAUUAGAAGCACAAUAGACAGGAGACUACCACAUACGCUGGUCUAUAAGCAUACCCAGAAUAGACUAGAUUAGGAAAUGUCCCCCAGUCUCUUCAGUCUCAUAUCCCUUUAACACUCAUAUAUAGGCAUACCAAAUGACUAAUAACACUGUCAUAAACCUAUGUAUUGGUGUUGUGUUUGUACAUUCAAAGUCACAUUAUGAUGAUAUUGUACUUAGGUGGAGGCUCGGUUCUGGUUCGACCACAAUCGUGAGUGACUGUCGUUGUCCUCAUUAGAGAUAAAUAGCUGAGUGCCAGUAAGAGGAACUGACACCAGACACAGAGUUGCAAUAAACUCACUCAUCCGAGGUUGGAGUGCACAAUGGCUUGCUUUAUUCUGGAAACAUUGUUAUAUAGGGUUAUCAAAAAGUGGAGGGUUUGAUUCAAUGUAUAAGACAACUUGUCCUUUUGUGAUUGGUUUUGCAGCUAUAUGAUGCAGGAUUCAUGUUAAGAAGAUUGUUGAUGUGUUCUUUAUGUCCAUCUGCUGACCCAUUUCUUCAUGCAUUUCAGUUAGAUGUUACUUCUCCUUUUAUGACACUGUAAAUCUUCUUCUUGCUUCCAGGUAUGGAUCCAAAAGCAGGCUCCAUCUUAGUUACUAGCAAUAGCAAGCUGAUAGCUUCGUAAGGGUAAUAAUGGUUUUCUUGUUAGUCUAGCAAGCAUCUCCUAAUUUCUUUUUAAUCAAACAUAAUUAUCAUUCUUAUCACUUAUAUUGAGAUGAAUGACCCCAAAAUUCAAGCCUCUGAUUAUGUUUAGGAGGCCAUGCAAAACUACUCUUUAUCAUAAUUAGCUGGGUAAAUAAAAUCUCCCAAUAGGAAAUCUUAUAUUUUAUACACUUAAGAAAAAGUCUACAUGGGAGAUGUAAUCAAGUGAAUUAAUAUAUGCUUUUAAUGAUUGGUAUUGAACAGGUUACUAACCCUGCAGGAGGAGGCUAGAUCAGAUUAUGAAUUAUUAAAGUGGUACUCUGCCCCUAGGCAUCUUAUCCCCUAUCCAAAGGAUAGGGCACGCGAUCUCGGCUGUGGCACACCAGACAUCCGGUGCACGGAUCGAACUUGGGGGGGCAUGGCCGUGACGUCACAUGGCUCCGUGCACUGGAGGUCUGGGGUGCCACAGCCAAGAUCGCAAGGGUCCCCAUUGGUGGGACCUCUGUGAUCAGACAUCUUUGCCUAGGGGCGGAGUACCCCUUUAAGGCUUAUUCCUGGUUCAUUCAUGUUUUUGAUUUUAUUGGUCAUUUAAAUAUCACAUACACUAAUAUAUGAUUCUAGUCCCUCUCUAUGAUUAAGGCCCAGUUCGGUGGAUACCUGUCAGAUUGGUGGUGGUUUGUACCAGUUGCACCUUUACCUGUAUAAAUUUUAAUAAGGAAAAUUUAAAGGUCACGUUUUAAGGAUCUGGUGCCGUUUUUCCACUUUCUCAGUUUAAAUAAACACGUGAUUGUAAGCCUCACGUGCAGGGUCCUCCCAGAGUUACAUAACCAUACCUUUUAGGUUCUGUUCACAUGGGUGGUUUUAAUUGCGAGAUAGCAGCAUGUGUCCCUCUGUGGUUCAAACUCGCAGGGUAAACACGCUGCUAUCUCGCAAUGAAAUCCGCCGGUGUGAGCAGAUCCUUAGGGUCUGUUCACACGUAUAGUAUCCUGUGCAUAUUUGAUGCACAUGACUUGAAGCUGCGAAUUUCAACGCAAACAAAAAUGACUGGACACAACUUUGAAUCCUGCCUAUCAAAAAUGUGCAGCAUACUGUACUUGUGAAUAGACCCUUAAAGGGAAUCUGUCAUCUUCAUAUUAUGCUCAUAAGUCAAGGAGUCAAUGCGGAGCCUCAGAAUGCGGGCUUUUAUUCCAUUACUGAGUAUGUCAGUCAUGGCAGAAAGGGCAGGAGGCGUGUAUCCUGCGGCUUACCAAAACCUCUUUGACACGAGCUCUGAUUGUGAUCUUGAGCAAAUCCUCUUUAUGCCUUCUAUAUACAGUGCCCUGGAAUUACUGGUGCUUUAAAAUAAAUAAUAUUGAUAAUAAAGCUUAGCCAAUCCACUGGUGUUUUAUCCUCUUGAUACAGCAUGUUACAUUUUGAGGUGUGACUUAUUUUCUACUUUAACAUAUAAAAUAUGAAUCAUUUAAUAAAAUAUAAAACAGCAUCAACACAAUGUCCUAACACAGACAACAUAUACCAGGGAGGUGGCCAAACUGCUGCUUGGGUGCCACAUACAGCCAGGUGCUGUGCAGCUUGUGUUUCACCUCCAGCCCACACCACCAUUGGAAUCCAGCAGCCCUCUGCUCUGCCACUUUAUUAGAGCAAGAGCUUCCGGUAGCAGACAUGCCCUACACAGGCACAUCUGCUUGAAGAUGCCGGACAGUAACAUCAGCUGAUGGCAAUGUCCCUCUUUCAAUGCCCACUGAAGAGGAGUAGGAGCAGAACAGAAUACAGGGGAGCUACUACUAUUUUUCCCUUGUGAUUAUUAACAAAUAACUUUUAUAUUAUUUAUUCAUAUGUAUACUACAUAUGAACAAAUACUACUACCUACAUGUAUUUCUGCAUUUUAUGUAUGUGCAUGUCUUGUAGCUUUCAAACAUCGGAAGUCUCUCGAAUGUUGCUCUUAUGUUGAACAAGACCACCAUGGACAUCUACAGGGCGUUCAUAUUUUACUAAUUUUCAGGUAUUUGACACAAUGCGCCCAGAGCUGUAACUGUAUGUAAUACUACGUCCAAUAAAUUGCUACAAAACAAUACAAAGUGGUCAAAUGUAAAUCUGGAAUAAAGUCACCUGCAUUGUUUUAUAGUCUACUAGUGGUAGGAAACAGGCUCAGGGCUCAGAGAAGCUCUGGAGGGUGGGGCAUUGAGGAAGUCUUUGAAGAAUAGGAUGCAUCAGAUCAGCUAUUAGUACUACACAGUGUGGACCCAGAGGUGGUGCAGCUUCUUCUUCAUACACAGCAUCUCUCACAGUAAUUCACAGUUUUCUAAUUCAGUUUAAGGACGUUAAAGUAUACCAGAACAGCUUCCAGCACACCUAUAAUUUCUGUCUCCUUUAACAAUGGAACGUAAAACAAAUCAGAUCCGUCUGCUACAAGUGUGUCUGCUCCUGUGGAUAGGCAUUUCAGUAUCUGUAGCUCAGGAUACAACUGAAGAAAACAUUACUACUUCACCAGACUCAACAGGUAGUCUACCCAUGGCAAAUACUAAUGGCCCAGAAGAUACAGCUACUACUGCACUUCCACAGGAUCAAGAGCCCACUGAUGGAAAUGUGAUGGGAUCAUCUACUGAUACCAUUAUGACAGAAUCCGCUGAUAUUAAUGGCACUAUGACAGAAACUUGUCACCUUUUUAACUGCAUGGGAGACCACUGUUACACGAACGAAUCACUAAAUAAAGAUUCUAAGAAUGUCACAUGUUCUACGUACUGUGCGUUGUUUCGGCACAACAGUUCCUAUUUUGCAUCUAUGUGUGAUCCUCACUGCCGACAUCACCUGUGUAAUGAUUCAGCACAAGAUAAUUGUACUAUACGCUGCUGCACUGCAUUGGGAUGCUCAGUUGACAAUGGGAAUGAGGGCAACCAAACUAACAAUACAACCAUGCCGAGCACAGAGGUUAUGAGUACAGCUUCUACUACCACAACUACUACAACACUUGUCUACAGUGAAAAGAAAUGUAGAUCGUUUAAGUGUGAUGGAUCAGACUGCUUUAAGACUCAGACUACUGCACAAACAAAACAAUGCCAAGUUGGAAUAAACCAUUGUGAGUUGCAAAAAAUUGUGAAAAAUGGUGCCAUCUCUUAUGAAGCGGGCUGCAGUAAUACCUGUUCCACCAGCACUAAAUCCUGUGCUGCCAUCACUACUGCGGACUGUUUCCAGGAAUGCUGUAAUGCUACAAAUGCAGGAUGCUGCAUGAAACUGGAUGGCCAGGUGCGCUUUAACACCGCUCCAUUAGGCCAGAAAGGAUCAAUCCUGAAGCUAUUUACUUGGGCCUUCUUUAUUAUUUUUGUCUCCCGAUUCAUUUCUUCCUCAUAAGCAUACAUUUGGAUUUUAUUUCUGCAUCUUUUUACAUGUGCAUUACAAAUGAACUUUCCUGAGAACUUGUGUUUUAUUUGUUUUGCCCAGAACCAGAACCUAAGAAUAGGGCUAUACAUUCAUUGAGGCAUCAUCUAUCCAGUAAUGUAAUAUCUACAUAUUGUUGUAUCAAUUGAAAUGUAUUUACUAUACUCUACUCCUGGGAAAAUAUGAAAAGAGAUAAGUAAACUCUUUGUAUCAUUUUUUUCCCUAUAGUUUACUGGUUAACUAUGAAAAACAAGCAACUAUAAUUUUAACAUUCCUGACAAAAUUACAGAAAGACAUUUACGUGUACCUGUCAUAUCACAGAAAAAAAAUGCUUAAAUGGGGUACUCCAGUGGGAAAAAAAUGGUGCCAGAAAGUUAAACAGAUUUGCAAAUUACUUCUAAUUAAAGGGUACCUCUCAUCAAAAAAACUUUUGAUACAUUAUAGAUUAAUGUAUGCAGAAUAACUUUACAAUUGCAUGUUAUUAAAAAAUAUGCUUCUUUCUAUUUAAUUUUCCACUUUGAAGAAAUGACCACUAGGGGUCUCCCUACCAGUCCUGACAGCAAGCAUUUCAGACUCAUGCUGGAGUCCUAAACACUACGAGCUGCCAGUCUGCUUUCUUCACAAAGGAGAACACUCAG